AUGCUUGCUCUGGACUUCCAAGGAAGAGGAUUUUUUCUCCUUGGAGAAAUCAGUCUGAUUCAGUCGGCGGAUCCAGACACAGUUGAGAUGACCCUUUCUCAAAUCACAUUGAGUCCUCCUUAUUUCAAGUUUGCUAAUGUUCGUAUGAAGACUUGGGGAGUCAAAAAUCCGUGGCCUCGGAAGCCAUCUGUCAAAGAAAAGCUGAAGCCAUCUUCUAAAGGAAAGCUGCUAAUGGCGGCUUUUAUUGGCCCAGUUACUCCAUCCGUUAUGGGCUUGUUAACUUUGUAUAAGAAGAUGAACAACGCUCUAUCUUUCUUUCCUACACACUUGUACGAAUUCAUCACAUGUGGAGACCCCCCUGGACUAUACUCUGAGAUUGGCAAAGACAUUAGAGCUUGGUUUGGAUUUGCAGAUAUUCUGUAUGAGGACCAUAGCUUCCAUAAAUUCCUGAUUUGCUAUCCUCCUUUCUGUUCGAAUGUUACUCUUAAUGAGCAAGACCAAGUCUUAGGAGAGGUAUCCCUUAAGCCAAAUCUAAAAAGUUUAACUUCUGAUUUGAGAUUCCGGUCUAACAACACCGUUUUGAUGAGUACAACCAUUAAAGAGGUUGCCCCUGGAUUAGCACCGGGAUUAAGUUUCAUAUCAAGUUUCAAUGCUCUUAACAAUGGCAAGGUUGAGCUGAAGUUCUUGCACAAGUAUGCUAAUCUUAAUGCAAGUCUCGGAUUUCUCACCGAUUUAGAUUUUCUUAAUCCUAUUUAA